GGGCCUCAAUGGUAGGUUGCCCCAGGCUUAAAGCCUAGCUAUAUGCCUGCUCUUACACUCAGACCUUCCUCCUCGCCAACCCCAGGGAGACAGAUCUUUCAUGCUGUGCUGGUAAGCAGCUUCCCUGCUCUGAGAUCAGUUCUGAAGCAGUUUUCAAGUGUUUUCAGGAGAAUUUGGGAAGGCUUCAGGGAGUUCCUUCAUCACUCUGCCACCUUGAAACUGAAAGUCCUACUGGAACUGGCAAGUUGCUGUCCCACAAUGUCCUUAGAUGUCCAAGUAAGCAAAGCGUUUCUACAAGAAGUUCAAGUCAAAGAAAUCAAUGCAGUUCUUCUAACCAAAGGAAUGAGUGAUAAUUGGGAAAGCAUUUGGAACUUCCAAGCCAAGCCCAAUGAUCUCCUCAUCGCAAGUUACCCAAAAUCAGCUCUUUCAGGCACAACCUGGACACAAGAGAUUGUGGACAUGAUCCAAAAUGAUGGUGAUGUAAGAAAGUGCCAGCGAGCUUACACGUAUGUUAGGCAACCUCAUCUUGAGUGGAAACCAUGGCUACUCUCCACACCUGGACUGGAGGAAGCCGAGAAAAUGCCUUCUCCAAGAACAAUGAAGACACAUCUGCCUGUCCAGUUGUUACCACCAUCCUUCUGGAAGGAAAAUACAAAAAUCAUCUAUGUGGCAAGAAAUGCAAAAGAUGUUGCGGUGUCUUACUACCACUUGUCAAGAGCAAUGAGUGUCCUACCAAGACCAGGCACAUUAGAUGAGUUCAUUGACAAAUUCAUGAAUGGAAGAGUGCUCUGGGGUUCCUGGUAUGACCAUGUGAAAGGAUGGUGGAAUAAAAAGGACAAACACCCCAUUCUUUACCUGUUCUAUGAAGACAUGAAAGAGAACCCAAAGCAGGAAAUCCAGAAGAUUUUAAAGUUCCUGGAGAAGGACUUGUCAGAGGAAAUUAUCAAUAAAAUCAUCUAUCACACAUCUUUUGAUAUCAUGAAGCAAAAUCCCAUGGCAGGCUACGACACCAUUCAUAUAAACAUAAUAGACCACUCCAUAUCCUCAUUCAUGAGGAAAGGAAUAACAGGGGACUGGAAGAACCAUUUUACUGUUUCCCAGAGUGAGAAAUUUGAUGAGCAUUACAAAAAGAAGAUGGCAGGAACCACUUUAACAUUUCGCUCUGAGAUCUGAAGUGGAAAAGAAUAGAAACUCACCUAAAAUUGUCCUUGAACAUUUUUUUCCAUUAAACCUCAU